CGUUUGCUCAACACCUUUGCCACGCUUUCGAUAUCUUACACCACAUUCUUGCAUUGAAUCCACGUUAGACUCCGUUGCUUACCGAUACUAAAGUAUCACGCACGCCGUCCGUGAGAAGCGACUGAAUGACAUAGUAUAAUUACUAGCUGUCGAGCUUGUCUUAUCUACUGACGAUCCAGACAUGGUUUCCACCAUUACUGACCUUCCAGCAGAACUCAUCGAAGCUGUGCUCAUUGUGUCCGCAGCCUCCGGCGACACAAGUUCAAUAGCAGCGCUCUCCCAGACGAGCAAGUUAUUCUUCGACAUAAUCUACCGCUGCCCAGACCAACACCUCUGGCGCGAGAUCUUCCUUACCACCUUUGAUGACCCCAGACCAGCUUUGAGCAAUCUCAGCACCAUAUCAGGUGGUCACCCCAACUUUGACGCCCAUAAGUUUGACUGGACACAGGAGUACACAGACCGUAUUAGCGCAGCAAGGUAUAUCAGACAUCCUCCACCUCCAGUGCCAGCGACGGCCCCAGUAUGUUCGCAGCGGGAGGUCUCCAACGUAUCUGUUGUGAAAGCACUACUCUCAGCUAUCACCACAUCCACCCCCAUCCGAUCCACCCCACCCGUCUCUCUCACCAUCCUAACCGACGUCCCCGAGUCCAAUUCCCCCUUCGCACCCAUGAUCAACUCUCCCCCAUUCCCACCCCUGCUUCUCCUACUUACUGCCAACUACAGUUCCAUGCUCGAGAGCGUCAAUGCGAAAUGGCUUCAGGAGCUAUUAGAAAUCGGCCUCCCACCAGAGCUCACGCGCACGCUACUGGCACGGCUACCUAUAGAUGUCCAGGGUCAUGCGCCGUACCAACCUGCUCUAACCUCUGCAUCGCACUGGGACGGGUCAGAGGUCGCCCACUUAUUCCACAAACUCGUGUGCUGCACCGGCUUUAUACCUAUUUCCGCACCAGCACUCGAUCUCCUAGACCUACUCACUCCUGGAUUAUCCUCAGAACCAGAUCUUGCAACCGUUCCCGGAGCCUGGCCAGCUGCUCAAUUAGCAUCCCCGUUGGCUUCAUCAGACUCACCCACUCCUGACGAGGACGAGACACGCUCUCUACCUCCCCUGCCAAUCCCACGACCGCCAUCGUCGUUAUACACCGCCGAAGAACAGUCUGCUGACGCUCGUACCCUCGCCCGCAGACGCGUCUAUGACAUGCGCUACCUCAACCCCGCACGCAUGUGGGGCCCCUUCCAAACUGUCCAGCGCGACACCGAUGACUCCUCAAACCAACCUGAAAGUUCUGACGAGGAAGAGGACAGGUACGAUGACGAUGAUGACGACGACGAAUUUGGGAUGCUGCGCGAGUCCAGCCGUAGGCUUAAUCUGAGCCCGCCAAUCGAGCCGUACGAGCUCGUACCUGAUUAUGUGUGGCUCGCGUCUGCGCGUAUGGUGGUGGAAGCGAAUUUGAGGGAGGUGUUUAGGCGGGAGCCGGAGCCGAAUGCACUUUCGAUGGGUGAUAUUUUACCGUAUAUGCGAAAGAUGCAUACGACGUGUGUGGGUGGGUCGCCUGGGUAUUGGAACGCGUGGGUAGAUCGGCCUGGGAAGGGGGAGGAGGGGUCUCAGGACAAUGGGAAGAGUAAGCAAGGUGAAGUUGAGGGAUGGGAUUGGGCAGGGGUUAGUGGUAUUUGGAAACGGUGUAUUUGCUGGCUGGAUUAUCGAGAACUCCUGGUACACAACCUCGAACCUCAAAGGUUCCUCGAAUACGGCAUGCAAGAAGCCUGCCGAAUUAUGCCACUUGCCAUCCGUAUAACUGGCUAUUCCGAAUCCCCCAUCGUACCAGGCAGCACCGCCCGGCCCCUCCCCACCAUCCACGUCGAGGGCGAGUCCAUAGGGUCUGACCGCAGUCUAGACGACCUGCGCAAAGUCACCGGUACGGUGAGCAUGAUCGGCGACGGAGCCAUCCGAUGGUCGCUGGUGUCCUCGGCGGCGGGUUCUAGCAAGCCUGAGUGGUCGUCGGAGGCUGUGCAAAUUGGGGGGCCGGGUGCAGCGGUGGGAUUUUUGGGAUUGUGGACGGGGGCGCGGCAUGAGAGACCAGACCCGCUUGGUCCGUUUUGGGGUUGGAAGGUUGUGUGAAGUGGACCUGUGGUAUGCGAAUCUGCGGGGAAAGUGUUUUAGCUUUGGGAUGGCUCCAGCUAUUUGGUCCAAUGUGAUGAAGGUAACCUCUGU